AGCUGUCACCAUCACACCUGUCUGCCUCACACCUGUCACCAUUCAGCAGUCACUAUCACACCUGUCACCAUUCAGCUGUCGCUAUCACACCUGGCACCAUUCAGCUGUCACCAUUCAGCUGUCACUAUCACACCUGUCACCAUUCAGCUGUCACCAUUCAGCUGUCACUAUCACACCUGUCACCAUUCAACUGUCACUAUCACACCUGUCUGCCUCACACCUGUCACCAUUCAGCUGUCACUAUCACACCUGUCUGCCUCACACCUGUCACCAUUCAGCUGUCACUAUCACACCUGUCACCAUUCAGCUGUCACCAUUCAGCUGUCACUAUCUCAGCUGUCACUAUCACACCUGUCUGCCUCACACCUGUCACCAUUCAGCAGUCAUUAUCACACCUGUCACCAUUCAGCAGUCAUUAUCACACCUGUCACCAUCACACCUGUCUGCCUCACAUCUGUCACCAUUCAGCUGUCACUAUCACACCUGUCACCAUUCAGUUGUCACCAUCACACCUGUCUGCCUCACAUCUGUCACCAUUCAGCUGUCACUAUCACACCUGUCACCAUUCAGCAGUCACCAUCACACCUGUCACAAUCACAUCUGUCACCAUUCAGGAGUCACUAUCACACCUGUCAACAUUCAGCUGUCGCUAUCACACCUGUCUGCCUCACACCUGUCACCAUUCAGCUGUCACCAUCACACCUGUCACCAUUCAGCUGUCACCAUCACACCUGUCUGCCUCACACCUGUCACCAUUCAGCUGUCACUAUCACACCUGUCACCAUUCAGCUGUCACCAUCACACCUAUCUGCCUCACACCUGUCACCAUUCAGCUGUCACCAUCACACCUGUCACCAUCACACCUGUCACCAUCAUACCUGUCUGCCUCACACCUGUCACCAUUCAGCUGUCACUAUCACACCUGUCACCAUCACACCUGUCACCAUUCAGCUGUCACUAUCACACCUGUCUGCCUCACACCUGUCACCAUUCAGCUGUCACUAUCACACCUGUCACCAUUCAGCUGUCACUAUCACACCUGUCACCAUUCAGCUGUCACUAUCACACCUGUCACCAUUCAGUUGUCACCAUCACACCUGUCACCAUUCAGCUGUCACUAUUACACCUGUCUGCCUCACACCUGUCACCAUUCAGCAGUCACUAUCACACCUGUCUGCCUCACACCUGUCACCAUUCAGCAGUCACUAUCACACCUGUCACCAUUCAGCUGUCGCUAUCACACCUGUCACCAUUCAGCUGUCACUAUCACACCUGUCACCAUUCAGCUGUCACCAUUUAGCUGUCACUAUCUCAGCUGUCACUAUCUCAGCUGUCUGCCUCACACCUGUCUGCCUCACACCUGUCACCAUUCAGCAGUCAUUAUCACACCUGUCACCAUUCAGCUGUCACCAUCACACCUGUCUGCCUCACACCUGUCACCAUUCAGCAGUCACCAUCACACCUGUCACCAUCACACCUGUCACCAUCACACCUGUCACCAUUCAGCAGUCACUAUCACACCUGUCAACAUUCAGCUGUCACUAUCACACCUGUCACCAUCAUACCUGUCUGCCUCACACCUGUCACCAUUCAGCUGUCACCAUUCAGCUGUCACUAUCACACCUGUCACCAUCACACCUGUCUGCAUCACACCUGUGUUUAUCACACCUUUGUUUAUCACACCAGUCACCAUCACACCUGUCUGCAUCACACCUGUUUAUCACACCUGUGUUUAUCACACCUGUCACCAUUCAGCUGUCACUAUCACACCUGUCACCAUCAUACCUGUCUGCCUCACACCUGUCACCAUUCAGCUGUCACCAUUCAGCUGUCACUAUCACACCUGUCACUAUCACACCUGUCACUAUCACACCUGUCACCAUCACACCUGUCUGCCUCACACCUGUCACCAUUCAGCUGUCACUAUCACACCUGUCACCAUUCAGCUGUCACCAUCACACCUAUCUGCCUCACACCUGUCACCAUUCAGCUGUCACUAUCACACCUGUCACCAUUCAGCUGUCACUAUCACACCUGUCACCAUUCAGCUGUCACUAUCACACCUGUCACCAUUCAGUUGUCACCGUCACACCUGUCUGCCUCACACCUGUCACCAUUCAGCUGUCACUAUCACACCUGUCACCAUUCAGCUGUCACUAUCACACCUGUCACCAUUCAGUUGUCACCGUCACACCUGUCUGCCUCACACCUGUCACCAUCACACCUGUCUGCCUCACACCUGUCACCAUUCAGCUGUCACCAUCACACCUGUGUUUGUCACACCUGCGUCCCUCUUUACAUCAUAUAACUUUGUGUUCAGACCCGAUGAAGGACGAGUGUUUCGGGGAUGGUUUCAGUCGCUUCCUGUUAGACGAGUUUCUGGGAUACGACGACAUCCUGAUGUCGAGUGUGAAGGCGCUCGCGGAGAAUGAAGAGAACAAAGGGUUCCUGAGGAACGUGGUCUCUGGAGAACAUUACCGCUUCGUUAGCAUGUGGAUGGCCAGAACCUCGUACCUGGCAGCCUUCGUCAUCAUGGUCAUCUUCACUCUCUCUGUGUCCAUGCUGCUCAGAUACUCUCACCACCAGAUCUUUGUCUUCAUUGUGGAUCUGCUUCAGAUGUUGGAGAUGAACAUGACCAUCGCCUUCCCAGCAGCCCCUCUGCUCACUGUCAUUCUUGCCCUUGUCGGCAUGGAGGCCAUCAUGUCAGAGUUCUUCAAUGACACAACAACGGCGUUUUACAUUAUCCUCAUUGUCUGGUUGGCCGAUCAGUAUGAUGCCAUCUGCUGUCACACCAACACCAGUAAACGCCACUGGCUGAGGUUCUUCUACCUGUACCACUUUGCCUUCUACGCCUAUCAUUACCGCUUUAACGGGCAGUACAGCAGCCUCGCCCUCGUCACCUCCUGGCUCUUCAUCCAGCAUUCCAUGAUCUACUUCUUCCAUCACUAUGAGUUACCUGCGAUCCUGCAGCAGAUCAGGAUUCAGGAGAUGUUGCUUCAGAACCAACAGGCGGGUCAGAACCAGCAAACAGCUCUGCAGGACAACCUGAACAACAACCACAGACCAGGACCGGGAACAGGACCAAUCCCCCAGCCCGGCUCCUCCAGCAGCCUGGCCCAAGGGCCUGAGACGGACACCCAGCCGUCCUCCUCCUCCCUUUCUGGAGCAGGAGAAGUAGGGGAGGUGAGAGCUGAACUGAACUGGGUAGCUCAGACCGCUGCUAUCAUCACAGAGGCUCUGUCCUCCCCCUCCCAGCACCUCCCCCCCUUAGAAGGAGGAGGAGCCUUGGGAGAUCAGGUAUCAGCAGGCGCACAGCUUAGUGUAGUUGCUGAGUUCUGGAUGGGAGGAGCAUCGGAAGGAGGGGAGGGAGAAGCGUCAGGAGAAGUAGGAGGAGAGGGAGGAGCAUCAGGAGGAGAGGGAGGAGCAUCAGGAGGAGGAGCAUCAGGAGGAGAGGGAGGAGCAUCAGGAGGAGAGGGAGGAGCAUCAGGAGGAGAGGGCGGAGCAUCAGGAGGAGGAGGAGCAUCAGGUGUAGAUUUAGAAGAACUAAAUGUGGCUUCAGUAGAAAAUAAAACCACAACAGGAGGAGGUCCUGAUCCUCUACUCAGACAGCUCCAUGUGGAGGCUGCGGGGCUCUUCAUGGAAGUGACGGGGCCCUCUGAGGAGGCCCCCCCACAGACAGACUGCACCUCCUCUCCGAGUCCAGGACCAGACUGUAGAGCACCACAGAGCCCGUCCUGAUUACAUCAUCACCCCUCAGUCUGUCUGAUCAGGUCAUCGAUCAGUGAUCAGCUGAUUAGGACUGGGAUCAUCUGAUCGGGUCUUUGAUGAUCUGAUCGGGUCAUUGAUCAGCUGAUCGGGUCUUUGAUCUGAUCGGGUCAUUGAUCAGCUGAUCGGGUCAUUGAUCAGCUGAUCGGGUCAUUGAUUCUAAACGUUAUUUUUAAUUGAUACAGAUAUUCAAUUGAUAAGUUGAGGGGUUGAUCAAUCAGUCUGAUCAGAAACAGAUCAAUUUGAUGUAAUCUUCAAGGAACUGAUUGAUCUUCAGACUGUUGCUAAAUAUGAUGAUUGAUCGGUUACUUAUCAGCCUGAUUCUGACAGACUGAAACACAAACUGGGACUUUUGAUUUCUUUUUCACAUGCUUUUAUUUUGAAGAAUGAGACUCUUGGAGAGCAAGACGUUUGCCUGGCGUUGGCAGUGGCGUUGGCGGACUGAGAGAUCAGCUGAUCAGGACUUCUGUCGGAUCGAUGCCUUAUCAAUAAUCCUCGCACGUCUGUGGACACUUCUGAAGACAGCCAAGCGAGCUGAUUGGAUGUGCAAUAUGACGCCAGUUGUGUCACUCAGGCUCCGUCUCCUGAUGGAGGGUGUGGCCUGUCACUGUGAUGAAUUUAGUAGAUUGAAACUGAGAAGCAGACGAUGUGUUCAGGUGCUGCUGGUCUGCUUGGGAAAACUGAGAGCCAAAAAACAAGCCGAUAAUAAAAUAAAAGAUUUCAAGAAUUGUUUAAUUUCUGGUAAACAUAUUUUUAUUGACAGACUCAGUCCCAUCUCUCUGAAGAUAAACAGAGUGUUUGAUUGGUUAUUGGGCACUGUAAUCUUUAAACACAGCACUGAUCUGUUUUUCUGAAAAUAAUGCAAGUGUUUCUUGUAAUUCUCAUUUUGGCCACAAGAGGCCGAUGUUCUUUACAUGUUGGUGUUAAACAGCAGAGGAAACUUCCAGUGGCCUUCUGUCCUGACUCACCUGAACGCAGCCUGCCUCAUCUCACACACGCACACAGACACGUGUGUGUUGUGAAGGAGGUGGAGCCUGAGUGUGACAUCAGCACCAGUUUAGUUGGGGGGGGGGGUUUAGUUUUUCUCUUUGUGCCUAUGGUAGAUUACUCAUCAACUGUACCCGACUGUCCUGUUAUAUCAGCUAAAUGUAUAAAACUAGUGAAGGUCAUGUGAUCAGGCUACACUGUCAAAAUAAAAGCAUCUUUAUUGAAACAUUCUGUUUGUAACACAGAGACAGUUGAGGUUCUGUAAAAACACAACGCUUUAGAUAUUUAAAACCAUAACAUCAGUGAACAAUCCUUCUAAAGAACAAAUAAAUUAAGCGAUGACAGUAACUACAGACUAAAAACAACGUUUUCAAUAAAUUCUGAUUUCUUUUUUCA